UUAUAUUACAUUACAGAAGACUGAGUUGGCCAAAUAGGGAACAAACGCGGUGAACGUAUGUCAUGCAUAGGGUCAUUGUGUUCUAGGCUAUCCUUACUGCCUUUAAAAGCGCAUAUAAUAGGAUUUUAUUAAAACAGCAUUAAGCACACGUUCAUGAAGUUCAUUGUGGAUCUGAGUAACGUUAGAGCACCACAGAGAGUUUUUACCUGAGGAUAAUUUACUAGGGCUCAUUAAACGUAAUCGAUGCACUGGUUCGGACUAAAUUAUUUUUCGGAUGUAUGUUAGUCUACAGUGUAGCGCAACACUGUCAACUGUGAUAACAAAAAACGUUGCUUAUAUCAUCGCUAAGCCACAAUGGAGGUCAGUGCCGAAAAUGUCAAGAUACCCCCUGAAGAGAAGGAUUAUGCUUUGAGACCCUUAGACAUUAACGCGAUAUCCGAGAAGAAGAAGACCUUGGAUGCAGAGACUCAGAGACCCACAUGGAGUGGGCGGCUGGAGUUCAUCUUGGCAUCGGUGGGGUACGCUGUGGGACUGGGCAACAUCUGGAGGUUCCCCUACCUGUGCUACAGCAGCGGUGGAGGUGCCUUCAUGAUCCCUUACCUCACCAUGGUGCUCCUGUGUGGCAUGCCUCUGGUCUUCAUGGAGUUUUCUAUAGGGCAGUACACUCGUCUAGGGCCAGUGCAUGCUCUCGCUAAAAUCUGUCCCCUGUUGAAAGGUAUUGGUCUGGCCACAGUUGUUAUCUCUUUUGUGUUCUCCACGUACUACAAUGUGCUCAUAACCUGGGCACUUUUCUAUUUCUUCAACUCAUUCGGAGCAACCCUCCCUUGGAAUUCUUGCAACAACACCUGGAAUGCUGUCGGAAACUGUUCCAGUGGUUUCCCCGGCAACACUACCCACCUGCAGUCUGCCAGCCAACAGUUCUUUGAUCACAGACUUCUGCAGAAAACCAGUGGUAUUGAAGAUGUUGGUGGUGUACGCUGGGAACUUUUUGGCUAUCUCAUUUUAGCCUGGGUCAUUGUGUAUUUAUGCAUAUUUAAAGGAGUCAAAUCCACUGGAAAGGUUGUGUAUUUCACCGCAGUAUUUCCGUACUUCAUUUUGAUUGCCUUGCUCAUUAAUAAUGUGCAGCUUCCUGGCGCCAAGAAUGGUAUCCUCUACUUUGUGACACCAGUCUGGGGCAAACUGUUUAAAGUAAAGGUUUGGGUUAAUGCAGCUGCCCAGGUGUUUAACUCCCUUGGAAUAGCAUUUGGCUCCAUGAUUUCAAUGGCUAGUUACAACAAGUUCAACAACAACAUUCUUAGGGAUGCGUUAAUUGUAUCAUUUACCAACUCAUUCACUAGUAUCCUGGCUGGCUUUGUGAUCUUCUCAGCUAUUGGCUACAUGGCUCAUAUACAUAACCUCCCAGUGGACAACAUAGCUACAGAUGGUCCUGGUUUAGUGUUUGUUGUGUAUCCUGAAGUCCUCUCCACCAUGCCUGUCUUUCGGCUGUGGGCUCCUCUGUUCUUCUUUAUGCUGCUGUGUCUGGGCCUGGACAGCCAGUUUGCCACAGUUGAGGUGGCUAUAACGUUCAUAAAAGAUGAGUUUGGCCCCCAAGUUCUACGUUUCCUAAAGAGAGAAGAGCUGCUGACCCUGGCUGUGUGCAUCGUUGGCUUUGUUCUGGGAAUUCCCCACGUAACCAAGGGAGGAAUCUAUGUGUUUCAGCUGAUGGACCAAUACACUGCUGUGGUCUCCCUUGUGUUCUUGGCUUUCUUUGAAAUUGUCGCUGUCUGCUGGAUCUUUGGUGUCCCACGUAUCUGCUUAUUGGUCAAGAAGAUGCAAGGAAAAACUCCAAACAUCUACUUUCGUCUCUGUUGGCUACUGCUCUGUCCUCUCUUGGUGCUGUGUAUAUUGAUAUCCAGCAUUGUCCAGUACACUCCCGCUCACUAUGAAAAUUACACAUACCCAAGGUGGGCUGAAGUAGUGGGCUGGGGUGUCUCACUGGUCUCCAUAGUGUGGAUCCCACUGGGAGCCAUUCAAGAGAUCUAUAGCCAUAAAGGCUCACUUCUUCAGAGACUUAAAAUAUCUAUGAUGCCCACAGUAGACCUGGAUACUGAGGAUCCCCUGCCAGAAAAAGAAAACCUAGACAACCCAGCAUCUGAAACCUUGCUUACUUCAGUGGCAUGACCAGGAAUACAGGCAAAGCCGAAGGAAUGAACUGUUUUUACACUGAGAUGCAAAAUCUGUAAGCUUCUAUCAUACAAUUAUAAUUUGAUCCUUUUUUUUUUACCAAAGGGUGGAUUAUUUGCUCUAUUUUAAGGUUUAUUUAACUAAAUUAAAUUAGAUUUAAAUUUAGGUAUGAGUGUGCCUUGUCUAUGCAGGUGUUCAUUCCAACCAAAGAUUGAAAUCGAAAUUAUUUAUUUCCUCCCCUUUGGUUUAUUAAUCAGUAAAACCAGUGCCUGGUGUAUGCAUUGGUGUUUUCUCUUGCAAUGUGUAAAUAAGAGUGAAUUGUGCAUCUAUGGUAGAGGCAUGCAGAGGCUUAUUAACUAUUUAUCUAUAGACAGGAUCAUUAAAAAGCCACAUUUCUACAUUAGAAUUGUCACAAAGGGGCUAAAGAGGCAUGAACUCCCAUUUGAAAGUCACCUCCAAAUGCACCCUGGAAAUGCUACCUUCUUUGGCCUAAAUGUUUGUGACCAGAACCAGAGGUAUCUUUGUGGCCUUUAAACCCAUAAAACAUAAAACAUUAUUUAAAGGUGGAGUCAAAACGAUUUCUCCAGAAUCACCCUUAAUGUUGCAUUCAGGAAAUCCUCAUCUACUCAUUUACUAAGUUAAGAAAUCUGAGUGUUUGCUCAGUGUUUUGGUUUUUGGGGAUUUUGGUUUAAUAACAAACACUGCAAUCUAUAGCUAAUAGAAGCUAACAUUCUCUAACCUCUCUACUAUCUGGUCUUGAUAGCAGCCCGGGGGUGUUGUUAAACCAAAGACAAGUUAAAUGGUUAUAUUUACUGUUACUGUUACCCUUUAACACUGUUUAGUAGUUGUCUGUCUUGUGAAACAGAGCUAACUAAACUCAUGUAGUACCAAACUUGUGCUAUUGUCUAUCUACUGUCUACUCCCGACAUUGGCCAUUUGAGGGCCGCUGCUGGUACAAACUUGAAAAUGUUUGACUUCAUGAUUGACGCAGACUGCCUGAAUGCAUCAUCCAGCCUCUAAACUGGGACACAAAGUCUCAGCCUGAAUUGAAGGGAGAGGUUGGCAAUGACACUUGAGUGUUUUAUUUUUGAAUAUAUUUCAUUUUAUGCAUUUUAAAUGUGCAGUGCCUGAACACUCUUUGCAAAAAGUAAAAAAAAAACUUGAAAACACAUAAGCAGAAGUGUUCAAAACAAACAAACAAAACAGAACCAGACAAAUGCCAUUUUUCUAGAGAGAUAAAUGUUUUACGUGCAUUUUAAGAUGUCUUUUAAAUGCACUGUGUCAAAGAGACAUACUUGUGAGUGAUGUGAUCCAGGCAGCAGGUUAAUGUUAUACCAGUCCUGAGCUCUAAUGAGGGUGAAUCAGUGCUGGGAUUUUGUCUGCUCUCCACAGGUUGAGGAUUGAGUUUAUAUUAUUUUUU